GAGCUGUUUGAAUAUUAACAGAAGAAAGUGAGUCCCUCCCCUUUCACUGAACUUUAGUGAAACUCCUCAAGACUGACUCGUUCGUUCAUCAUGGCGGUGUUUUCGACUCUUACUCCAGUGUUCGUGGCGGUUUUGUGCGUGAUUAUCGGGUUUCUCUUCAAAAACUCCCAGAGGAGAGAGACCAGAUCAAAGCAGAAACGUUCAGGUGACACAGCCAGACCAUGGGUGGACGAGGAUCUGCAGGACGACACAGAAAUCAGCAGGAAACACAACGAGGAUGAUGAUGAUUGGGCUGACACAACAGAGGAAGAAAACUUGCCCCAUAUCCCGUACACUCCGGCUCAGUACUCUGCUGCUGAGAUGCUGGAACGCUCAGAGAAGUUUUACUCGCUCAUGAAUCUGAGACGGUCUGUCCGCUUCAUCAGCCCAGAACCGGUACCGAAAGAAGUGAUCGACAAUGUCAUACGCACUGCAGGCACUGCACCCAGUGGAGCUCACACUGAGCCCUGGACGUUUGUGGUGGUGUCUGAUGCUGAUGUCAAACACAAGAUCAGAGAGAUCGUUGAGGAAGAGGAGGAGAUCAACUACAAGCAGAGGAUGGGAGACAAGUGGGUCCAUGACCUGAAGAGACUGAGGACAAACUGGGUGAAGGAAUAUUUGGACGUGGCUCCGUAUCUGAUUCUAGUGUUCAAGCAGACAUAUGGAAUUCUGCCCAAUGGCAAGAAAAAGACUCACUAUUACAAUGAAAUCAGUGUUUCGAUUUCCUGUGGGAUUCUACUGGCCGCCCUGCAGAAUGUUGGGCUGGUUACCGUGACGACCACUCCUCUGAACUGCGGUCCACAGCUCAGGUCCCUCCUCCAGCGACCAACCAAUGAGAAGCUUCUAAUUUUGCUUCCUGUUGGCUACCCUGCGUCUGACGCCAGAGUGCCUGACCUCAAACGCAAGGACCUCAGUGACAUAAUGGUGACUGUGUGACACUGUCCCCGAGCACCAGCUGCUGGAAGCCAUGAUAAGACCAAAUUUACAGACCUGUUUUGAAUGUGUGAUUAUGUUCUUUGUAAUAGAAAUGAGACCAUUAGACCAUGUUCUCAUAUCACUGCUUUGUUUUUAAGAUAUCUUACCAUAAAGGGAUGUUACAGUAAUAGUACACAUUAGAAUACUUUUAUUGAAUCUGCUAUGAUCUAUGCAAAACAUUAAAUAAAUGACAUGUUUGUA